CUUCCCUUUCUCACUGACUCUCAGCGUUCUUUUCUUUUUGCAAUGUUUCAGCGCGAUCCAAGAGCCGGUGCUUUUCUGGGAGGCGACCGUGUGUCAGGACAGGACAUCCGGGACCAAAAUGUUAUUGCCGCCCAAUCCAUUGCCAACAUCGUGAAAAGUUCGUUGGGGCCAUUGGGAUUGGACAAAAUGCUAGUCGACAAUAUUGGAGAAGUCACUAUUUCCAACGACGGGGCCACCAUACUCUCGCUCCUUUCAGUCGAAAAUCCAGCUGGCCGAAUCUUUGUAGAUCUUUCUCAAAAACAAGAUAAGGAAGUCGGCGAUGGUACUACGUCUGUCGUCAUCAUUGCUGCUGAACUCCUUCGACGUGCCAACGAGCUCGUCAAGGCCAAAAUCCAUCCGACGACUAUCAUCACUGGUUAUCGGCUAGCCUGUAGGGAAGCUGUGAAAUUCAUGCAGGAUCAGCUUAGUGUCAAGGUGGAUGCUUUGGGAAAAGAGGCACUCAUAAACGCUGCUAAGACUAGUAUGUCAAGCAAAAUCAUUGGAAAUGAUGAUGAUCUAUUCGCACCUAUGGCCGUCGAUGCUAUGCUUGCAGUAAAGACAAUCAACAUGCGAGGCGACAUCAAGUACCCCGUCAAGGCUGUUAACGUCCUCAAAGCUCACGGUCGCAGUGCCCGGGAGUCUCUCUAUGUUCAAGGAUAUGCCCUGAACUGCACAGUAGCUAGUCAAGCCAUGAAAAAACGCAUCACGAAUGCGAAAAUCGCCUGUCUCGAUAUCAACCUACAGAAGGCUCGGAUGCAGCUUGGUGUCCAAAUACUGGUGGAUGACCCAGAUCAGCUUGAGGAGAUACGGAAACGUGAAUCUGAGAUAACUCUCGAACGUAUCCGUAAAAUUUUGAAUGCUGGGGCGAAUGUUAUACUGACCACGAAAGGAAUCGAUGAUCUUUGUCUGAAGGAGUUUGUUGAGGCUGGGGCCAUGGCCGUUCGCCGAUGUAGAAAAGAGGAUCUACGCCGUAUUGCCAAGGCCACCGGAGGUCAGCUCGUAUCCAGUCUUGCCAAUCUCGAAGGCGAUGAGACCUUUGAGGCUAGCUACCUCGGUACAGCGGAUGAAGUUGUUCAAGAGCGCAUAUCUGAUGAUGAGUUGAUUCUCAUCAAGGGAACCAAGGUGGUCAAUUCUUCUUCUAUCGUCUUGCGAGGAGCCAACGAUUACAUGUUGGAUGAAAUGGAAAGGGCACUCCACGACACCCUUUCUAUUAUCAAGAGAACUCUUGAAAGUGGUUCCGUCGUUCCAGGAGGAGGUGCUGUUGAAUCCGCACUGAGUAUCUAUCUGGAAAACUUUGCCACGACUUUAGGUUCUCGUGAGCAACUGGCUAUCGCUGAAUUUGCCAGUGCACUUCUUUCAAUACCAAAGACAUUAGCUGUCAACGCUGCCAAGGACUCGACAGAACUCGUCGCCAAAUUGCGCUCAUACCACAAUGCUGCGCAAAACGCACCUGCAGGUGAUCCGAAGAAGGUCCUUUUGCGGUAUGGCCUUGAUUUGAUGAACGGCGAAGUUCGAGAUAAUGUGACUGCUGGCGUGCUGGAGCCUACGAUGAGCAAGGUGAAGAGUUUGAAAUCUGCGUAUGAAGCCGCCGUGUCGCUCUUACGGAUCGACGAUGCAAUCCAGUGCAUACCCGAACCCAAGGGAGAGCCUGAUCCUCAUGGUCAUUGAUAGAGAUGCAAUUAGGAGUGUUAGCUUGCGCACUAGUUAUAACCUGUACAAUUUCAACCAGUUGACGACAAGAUAGGCCUUUUGAAGGUGGCACAAAUAGAAACCGCAAGGACCACGCAGUGGUACAGAGCCAGCAGCCAGUAUAGCAUUGGUAACUUGAAGAGAGUAGAUAAAUAAGUAAUUUUGUUGCCGGGGCUUCGAAGCUUUGUAGAAAUAACUUCGAGCGAAUGCUACCGCCGGAACAUACAAGAAAUCAAAACUACAGGCGAGCUGGUGGACGGAAAAACGACAACAGCAGAACGAGAGGAGAUGGACAACGAAAACAUGGAAAGAUAUGUAGAUGUCGAAAAAUGUGAUAUGCGAU